AUGGCUGAGUUGAAUGCAUUUCCUAUUACUGCUCCUUCCGAAUAUACAACAGCAGGGUGUGGGAUGCCUGAAAAAUUGAACAAGGUGGUGCUGGCUUACAGUGGUGGCUUAGACACAUCCGUCAUUGUUCCAUGGCACAGAAUUAUGGUUGUGAAGUCGUUUGCUUCACUGCUGAUGUUAGACAAGUAUGUUGUGACUUGUGAGGGUCUAAAAGAAUUGGAAGGUUUAGAAGAGAAAGCCAAAGCCAGUGGGGCCUGUCAAUUAGUGGUAAAAGACUUGCGGGAGGAAUUUGUUAAAGAUUAUGUAUUUCCUUGCCUACGUGCUGGUGCAGUUUAUGAAAGGAAGUAUUUGCUUAGGACCUCAAUGGCUCGCCCUGUAAUUGCCAAAGUAUUUCGGCUUGAAGGAGAUAUUUUGGAAGACCCAGCUAAUGAGCCCAAGAGGGACAUGUACAUGAUGUCUGUAGACCCUGAGGAUGCUACUGAUCAAGCAGAACAUGUGGAAAUUGGGAUGGAAUCAGGGCUUCCUGUAUCAGUCAAUGGGAAGAGGCUUUCACCAGCGUCAUUACUUGCCGAACUCAAUGAGAUUGGUGGAAAGCAUGGAGUUGGAAGGAUUGACAUGGUUGAGAAUCGGCUUGUACGCAUGAAGAGCCGUGUAGUUUAUGAAACUCCUGGAGGAACCAUCUAG